AUGAGAGUAAUUUUAUUUCUUUCUCUAGCGGUGGCGACCGCCAUAGGGGCGGUGAUAGAACGAUCCCCCAUAUAUCUCAAUAAAGAGGUGUCGAGCUCCGCGGGACCAGCGGUCCUACAACCGUACAUGUCAUAUUCAAUUGAGUUUUGCUAUUUCCCAGACUAUGCAGGAAACAAAUCAAACCCUAACCAAUUUUCUAACCAGUUGCUUGACAACCUCGCUGCUAUACAGGGAACCAAGCCAUACAUACGAGUAGGCGGAAAUACACAGGAUUAUGCGUUGUACAAUGCCAGUUUAGAGUAUGCCAUCAAUGGGACGAUUAUUCCGAGCAAGUCGGAAGAUUAUCCAUACAUACUCUACAUUGGACCAUCUUUCUUUGAGUCUUAUUCUACCUGGCCAGACACCAAAUUUAUUCACGGCUACAAUUUGGGCAAAAAUGGCAGCGACAGUCUGAAAAGUCUUUUAGAUACGGUUCCGUUAGUUUGUAAGGCCCUUCAAGGUGGAAAGUUGGCGUACUGGGAAUUAGGAAACGAGCCUGAUCUGUACAAAACUUCCUCACAAGGGAUAGUCAGACCAGCAAAUUGGACCGAACAAGGUUAUGUUGAUGAAUGGUUGUCAAAAUCACGAAAAAUUCGCGCUGCGCUUGCCAAAUCAUGCCCGGAGAUGGCCGCUGAUGAGAACUAUAAAUACAUAGCGCCGUCGUUUGCAGGGCUUAGGAACAGUUUGGACCCAGUGAAAACGUGGGAGGAUGGAUUAGAUUCUGAUAAAAACAUCGCUCUUAAUUCGGAACACGACUAUAUGGGGGGAGCAACCCAGCCUGGAGUCACCCUUCAGGGCACACUCAUGAACCAUACAGCCACAGUCAAUAAUGUCAAUCCUUUCAAAAAUCUUUCUCGGGUGCUUGCCGCCAAGAACUUGACUACAGAUAUUCCCCUUAUUCUUGGUGAACACAAUUCACUUUAUAACGAGGGUGCACCAGGACUAUCUAAUGCCUUCGGUGCUGCACUUUGGGGGAUUGACUGGAACCUGUACGCUGCCUCUCAAGGCAUCCAGAGACAACAUAUGCAUCAAGGAACCGACUACCGGUACGCAUCCUGGCAGCCAGUUCAAACCGAGAAGACCACACUAGGGACAAAACCUCCAUAUUACGGCAAUAUCUUCGUCGCUGAAAUGGUGCGUGGCGGGUCGAACGUACAAAUAAUGAACCUGCCACUCUCAAACGAGACCGAGGCCGCGUAUGCAGCGUAUGUGAAUGGUCAGCUGACUAGAUUUGCCGUGGUAAAUCUUGUAGAGUACAACUAUACUGAUUCAGACCCGACGGCUACCCGACCAUCAGUUUCGUAUUCGUUUCAGCUUCCCUCCGGAAUCGGGUCAGUGUCAGUGCAGCGGCUGAUGGCAAAUGGAAGUAAUUCUAUCUCAGGCAUUACUUGGGAUGGAUACUCGUACAAUUACGAACUUGCCGGUGGCAAGCCAGUUCGCUUGAGCAAUGUGACGGUGGGCGAGACGGCGCGUGUUGACAAAGAUGGCGUCGUUAAUAUUAACGUACCUUAUUCGAGUGCAGUACUACUGACUGUUAAUCAUGGGGGCGGUUCAGCGUGA